ACCCCGUUGAGUCUCAGCGGUGGCUGAUAUUUAGGCUUGAUCGAUUCACGGGUUUGAGCUACAGUAACACGAUGCACAUCCCUACUAUGUCGAGGGAUUCUCCUGUCAAGGUGACCUCUGGAAAAUCAUUGUACGGUCCAAAUGACUUCCAGAUAAAUGAGGAUGAGCCGCUCAUUUCCUUCUUCAACCAUUGCCUACCCCGCGAGCCCCUCAGCGCCAAACUUCCACGCCAUGGCAAUGAAUGUAGUACUGAUCGCCUCUCCGUUGAUUCCGAUUCCCUUCAAAUCUCUUUCCGGCGCACAGUCCGUGUACCCGAAACCGGGGAGCCAAACAAUCUUCCACCUGGACUUGGGGCCUUCCCACUCUAUAAUGUUUCCGAAUUUUCUCAUGUCUUGCCACAAGAUAUGGUAGAGAAGGGCGGCUUGUUCUUUGCAAUGUACCAACGGGAAGCAAUGUGGUUGCAGUUCAACAGCAACAAAAAAUUCGCUAUUCGGAUAUAUGUUGGUGGCGUCAAUGGCAUCACUGGCGAGCCUAUGAUUCCGAACAUGGCUACUCUGCUCAAACGGCAAAAUGGCGUUGAAAAAAAGCAGGACUACAUUAUCGUACCCGAACAGCCAUGGGUAGAUGGCAUCGCAACUGGUCCAGGUAUAGUUAAGCAGUUUGUUGCUGUUCCUUAUGGAUCGGGUUAUUCGAUUGAGUAUCAGAUCACCGGGUCAGAGACAACGAGCGGGAUCCAAUUCGAGGUCAUACCGGCGUAUGAAACUUCUGUGCGUUUCAAGGGAGUAGAUAUCUAUCGCACACCUCACGAACUUGGACUCUCCCUCGGCUCCGAAAUGACAAUGACCAACCUGAAAAUACUACCCUCACCAACAACCACUUACAGCGGCAUGAGUCUUUUUGUGAAGACCCUCACGGGGAAGACAAUAACUCUCUGGGCAGAAAGCUGCGAUACUAUACACGCUCUCAAAUCAAAGAUUCAAGACAAGGAAGGAGUUCCGCCGGACCAGCAACGGCUCAUCUUGACGGGAAAUGAACUCCAAGAUGGCCUCACGCUAUCGGACUGCAAUAUUCAAAAAAAUUCGACGAUCCUUUUAGUAUUGAGACUGAGGGGGGGCGGGGAAUUGUUGCCAACGAUGAGUUUCGGCGCUGGCGGGAUGAUCAAGCAGGCCAUCAAUGAAGACUGCAAUAAUCCACGUAUCUGGGACGCUGAGAGGGCAAAGGUCUUCAACGUACAAGUCCUGAAUGCGGCCCACUUCGAACAUAUUACCAAGAUGAUGGCGCCCCCAACCCCAGUUGACGUCAAAGUGUACACAGCAGCAGGCCUUCCCUUCUUUGACAUCUUCAAUGAAGUGCCAACUGACAUCCACGGAUAUGACGCAUUUAAGACGAUCAAGUCUGUUUCUAUGUUGGAUCGGGUGAUGGGUGAGGGGACAGGCGUCACAUACGAGCCCGGCGUGGGUGUCCCUUUGCAGAAAUGCAAAUGCCAAAACAAUAUGUUAGGCUGUGUCAUUCGUCCUUGCAACCAUGCCGUUUGCUCGGAGUGCGCAUCGUACGGUUCCUGCACUUGGUGCCCGGUUUGUAAGAAAUCGGUGACAAAGGUCGUGGGCAUUGCUGGCCCAAUGGGCGCCCCCGGCAUGGAGUCAGUUCCAAAACUUCCAGUAGUAUUAUUGGAGAUGACCCAAGUGGAUGAUGGGCGGGAGAAAUUCGUCAGCAUUGUCCGUGGCGGAACGAAAUGACGAAACUAAAUUUAUCAUGGUUGAGUCGGGGAGUGGAAUAUGCUCGGCGGACUUGGGUGCCUUUCAGUG